AUGGCCGUUUGUUUUAGUGGUGGUCAACCGGGUUAUCACCUCACCGCACCCUCAGUUUGGUGUGAAAUUCCAUUGCACCAGUGGCGCCGAAAGCAUCAUUUCGAAAAUAUGCAUGUCGAAGGUCUCAGCCGUACCUGGUUCCACCAGAGCGAUCCAAAUCAUCACAGCAACAUACAUGUUUUUGAGAUGCUUCAUUUUCAGCAUGCAUUGCGCGUUUCUCAUGUCGAUAUUUGCCUCAGUUUUCAUGCAACGUGUGUUGCUUGUCCGGAUGUAGAGGUGCGGCUGUAUCGUCGUAAAGAUAACGUCACAAUGCCAUCCUCUUCAAAGUCUCGUACACAGCCAACGCUCGCCGGAAUUACUGCUACCUUACUGGAACUGGAAACUCUGGUAAGUUCGCAAAAAUGCUAA